ACUUCCGGUGGCCUAACCCUUGAACUUGACUAACCCAUCAUUUCAUUCUAAAUCUUUGAAAGUGAUACUAGACUGACGGUGCGUUUGUACUGUGUGUCUUGUUCUUAUUUUACUCAUGCAUGUUCAUUUUAUCGGUAUUUAUUUCAAUAUUAGGCUUUCUUUUACUUUUUCAUUUCUUAGCUGACAGUAACGCGAGCGUUGCUUUGUUGUCAAAGUCAAAUUAAUUGUACUUUUUUUUUUCCACCUUAACUACUAACUGCUUAACUUAACUUAACUUUAAUUUUAAUCUCUAACUUAAUUUGCUGUUUGUUAAGGUAAGUCAACUUUCUUUUUAUAUGCCUAAAUUAAAAAUUAAUUAUUUUGAAAUUGUUGAAAGAAAUGUCAGCCAAGAUUGAAGUUAAUUAAUUUAAUGAUCACCAUUUUCAGCUGAUUUAAACUUAAGCUUAAGUAGUAGCUCCCUUAGUAGGUAGUAAUAUUAUUAAUUUCACCUUAAAACCACUGCAAAAUACAUGAAAAAAUAAUUGGAAAACAAUAAAUACAUGUUACAGUAGCCACUGAAGUGUUUUAGUGUAGUUCCAUCAGGUAAAAAUGAAUUUUUAAAUCUUAUUUCUGUAUAAAUAAUAAAACGCACUAAAAUAAGGGAUUGCCGUAGUAUACUUUUUAUUAGUAAAUAAUAGACCAAAUCUUUAGAAUAUUUAGAUCGACCCAUGCCAUAAUAUUAUUAAUAUACUAUGAUAUUACUUAACAAAAAAAAACGCCAUUGCCUGCUAUUGACUAAGAAAUAAUGUGUUUGGUCACCCCAAAGCUUGAGAGAGCCGCCCCGACAAGAAGAAGAAGAACAAAGCACUAUUAGUAUUAGUAUUUCGUAGUUAGUAGUUCACUUCCCUUGAUAUGAAUUAUUUAAUUUUUAUCUACGAUACCGGUACAACCAUAUUGCAUUAUGAUUAUCACAUCAACUUACUGGUCCAUAACACUAAUUAAAAAUUCUCUCGUUACCAGUUACUAAAAUGCAAAGAACUUUGAACUCAAGUCUUGUGACUGUCAAAUGGUUGAAAGAUCUGCUACAGUUACAGCUAAGCACAAACUCUUCCAAAUACAGGGUUUUGGAUGCCUCAUGGCAUUUGCCUAACACAGGGAGGAAGGCAGCACAGGAGUUUACAGAAAAGCAUAUCCCUGGUGCACUUUUCUUUGACAUUGAUGAGUGUGCAGACAAAGCAACAGAUCUCCCUCAUAUGAUACCCUCUCCUGAAGUUAUGGAAGAUUAUGUUGGUUCUUUGGGAAUAACAAAUGACACUCAUGUAAUCGUAUAUGACAAUAACCCACAGUUUCCUUUGUUCUCUGCUCAACGGGUUUGGUGGACAUUCAGAUUAUUUGGACAUAAUCAAGUAUCCGUCUUAGAAGGAGGAUUACCGAAAUGGAUUGCUGAGGGUGGGCCAGUCACCAAUGAAAUAAUUCCUGUGGCUAGGGAAAAUUUUAAAGCUAAAUUUAAUCUCAAUUUUGUUAAAAGAAUAGAUGACAUUAAAAGCAAUUUGGAAAAGCCAGAGUUUCAACUUGUUGAUGCUAGACCUGAAGGCCGUUUUAAGGGCAUAUCACCAGAACCUAGAGAUGGUCAGUAAAUUGAGUAAAAUGCAUUUCAAAUAUUGUUAAACUUACACUUGGCACCAGUUUUAAUUUUAUGUCAUUUGUCUUUUAAGUUUAAGAAAAUGAAAAGGAAAAUUACUGAUAUAUAAUAUAACAUUUAGUCUUGUUUAUUUAUUUUUUAAACAUUUUCAUUUAACAGUUGUAAAAUAAGUCAUACCUGGUAUUUAUAUUCUUUUCUUAAAAUAUUAUGUUAUUUAUCCCAUAAUCAUAAAAUCUCUAAAUAUUUACAAUUUUUGUAAAUAAAAGCACACAACUAAUUGGGUUUUUUAUGCCUAACCUGACUUGAUGAAAACUUUUUAAAUUCUAGACACAAAGCCAGGUUCCAUCCCAAACUCAUUAAAUAUUCCUUUUAUGGCAACAAUGAACCUAGAAGAAAGAACCAUGAAAUCUCCAGAGGAAAUAAGAAAGUUAUUCCAGGAUGCUGGCGUUGACCUCAACAAGCCAUUUGUUGUUUCUUGUGGAUCAGGUACAGUUCCAAUUACCUCUUUGUUGUUGAAUUUAAAUUUGAUCUGUUGUUACCCGUACCGUAUUAACUCUAUGUAUUCUUUAAUGGCUAAUUCCUGGCUGCUUCCACCCAUUGAUAAUUACAGAAGGAAGUAAACAAACGAGUAAAUCCAAAUAAUUAUUAUUCCCCAAGAGUAUAAAUUCUGUGCCUGUUACUGUUACAGGUACAUUUUUUUUGUGUUGAUAAAACAAUAAUUUUUUUAAACUUGUGCAUAAUAAAACUUACUUGUCCUUUUUCAUAAGCCUGAUUGCCUUGGUGCCCCAUUAUUUAUACUUUAUUUAUCUCAGUCUCGAGCAGUUGACUGGUACCACAUACAUAUUUUGUUGACGGUAUAUUAUUAAUUAAUCCUGGCCCUAGAGUCCCUAAAACAUUUAAACAGUACCAUAUACCGUUCUUGUCACUUUAUAAGUAUAUUUCUUGAUAAACCCUAAAGUAAAAAUUGAGGUGAAUAUAAAUAUCCGGGUAGUCAAAUGACCAUCGAUUUUUUAAAUUUUUUUAUAUUGCCUUACAUUUUGUGAUUUUAACUUAAGACUUAAGGGCCUUAGCUACAUAUUAAAUAAACUAAGUUUUGCCCUUGUCAGUCAUGAAUGAUUUCCUACAUAUUUUUUCCAUAACUUGGCAUACCAUAACUAUUUGUUUUACUCAGGAAUAUCUGCCUGUGUGCUAGCCCUGGCCGCUCACAUGAUAGGUAAAGAUGAUAUUGCUGUGUAUGAUGGCUCCUGGACAGAAUGGUAUCACCGAGCUCCACCUCACCUAAAACAGAAUGUCCCAGCCUAACAAUAUCUUAUUUGUCAUUCAUAUGAAACAAGAUAAUGAAAUUCUGUAAUAUUGAUAGAUAUCCUUUUCUUUACUACCACAAUUUUUUUCAGAAAACCAUCUGUAUAUAGUGUAUGGAUCAAAAUGGAAAUAAAUGCUAUUUGAAAAACACAGUGCCUAGGCCUAUGAUUUAGUUUAAGAUGGUUGCUUGGUUGAAACUUGUCCUCAAUACCUUGGUGAAAAGCUUCUGUGUUUUAUUUUAUUGUAAUCUUCAACUGUUUGUCAAUGUUGUUUUAAUAUUUUGUACUGGUAUCUGUACUCGUUUUAACUAGUGACUCUCCAAAGCUUCCAUAAGAGUUUCAAAGUCUAAAUGAUAACUAAUUUAAUUAAGUCAUUAUGUCACUAAUUAAGUCAUUAUUGUCACUAAUGGGGAUCAUUGCUGGCUGAUUUAUACACUAGAGAAAUACUUUGGAUGUGUUUAAAUUGUUAUAAUUGAAAAAAUGUUGUCUUGGUUAAAGUAUGCAUUUAAUGAUUAAUGUAUAUAUUUAUGUACUGAAAAUGAAUAUGUAGGCUACUAUUACUAUGAAAUUAAAAAAAUAUUUCUAUUUAUUUGGAUCAAUAAAGAAAGAAUCAUAUCUUAUGAAAACUUCUUUCAUUUCUUUCAAAGAUAAAUACCAAACCUGGCAGGGUAAAUGUUUACUUUUGUUUGGUAGAAGUAGAACUGCAUUUGCAUUUACAAAUAGUGUGAAUAUACAGCUUUGCAAAUUCAAAUUGCUUUAUGUGUGCAAUGCCCAUAUUAUAAAGAUUUUUUUUAAAUAUUCAAAUUUAAGCUUUUUUUUAUUGCUUUUUCUCAAGCCGCAGGUAGUGCACAGGUUUAUCUAUAAGUAUAAGUGU